UCAGGCACAUGCGCAAAACCGAAAAUGCUGGUGGAGACAGUUUGGGCUGUGAAGCGGAUGAGUUUUCAGAUGAAGCCAAUGCAGAAACCUUCUAUGGCACCUCUCCUCCCAGCACUCCCCGACAGAUGAAACGCAUGUCAAGCAAGCAUCAACGAAACAGCUCUGGGAGGUCGGUUAGCCGUUCCUUAUGCAAAGAAAAGAUGAGCACACCGAAGCAGACACCACAGAAGGAAGCAAGUAAAAACCUUGAGAGCACAGAGGACCAUAGCUACCGUCAAGAGAAAAAGAAUAGGGCAACGCUCAGGACAACAGAGCGGGAUCAGAAGAAAAAUGUGCAAUGCUCAUUUAUGCUGGAUCCUACCUGUAGUUCCUUGCCAAAAAAAUCUAUACCAGAUGUUGAUCUUAAUAAGCCUUACCUCAGCCUUGGUUGCAGCAGCAACACCAAGCUACCAGUGUCCGUGCCUGUUCCAAUUGCUAGAACUGCACGACAGACCUCUAGAACAGACUGUCCAGCUGACCGCUUGAAGUUUUUUGAGACACUUCGUCUUUUGCUUAAGCUUACUUCAGUCUCAAAGAAAAAAGAAAGGGAACAGAGAGGCCAAGACAAUAACUCUUCUAUGUGGUUUAAUCAGUCUAAUGAACUCUUUUGGCUAGAGCUGCAAGCUUGGCAUGCUGGCCGCAGUAUUAAUGAGCAAGAUUUGUACUUGUAUACAGCUCGACAGGCAAUACCUGAAAUCAUUAGUGAAAUUCUAACUUUUAAGGUAAACUAUGGGAGGUUGUCUUCUGUCAGCAAUGGUGGCAAUCUCAAUGGACCUGUUGCAGACGGGCAGUAUCCAUGCCCUCAUGAAGCUAAUUCUUUUGGUUAUUCAAGCUAUCAUGACCAUAUUCAGAAACAGAGAAUUUCUUUUGAGCAAGUAAAACAGAUUAUGGAACUCUUGGAGUACAUCGAGGCACUUUACCCAUCUUUACAGGCUCUUCAGAGAGAUUAUGAAAAAUAUGCAGCAAAAGACUUUCAAGCACGAGUGCAGGCACUAUGCUUAUGGCUUAAUAUAACUAAGGACCUUAAUCACAAGCUGAGGAUUAUGGGAACUGUUUUAGGUAUAAAAAACCUUUCUGACAUUGGCUGGCCAGUGUUUGAAAUUUCUUCACCACGUCCAUCAAAUGGUCCAGAGGAAGACAAUGACAUGGAACAAGAGGGGGAUAUGAGCACAGAUGGUUCUGGAACUUGUACAGAAGAAAGCGAUGAAGAGACUGGUGAUAUGGACAAUAUUCUACAAGCUAGGCAUGAAACUGACAGCAACCAAAACAGUAAAUUAAAGGUUCACUUUAUGAAGGAGGACCACUGCCUACAAAAACUGGAUAGAUUUGUGUCCGAGGAUGACUCUUGCUGGGGUAAUCCAGAGUGCAGCCAUGAGACUGGCUGUAAUAGACACUGUUUGACUUCAAUAUACAGACCCUUUGUAGACAAAGCAUUAAAGCAGAUGGGGCUUCGGAAGCUAAUUUUGAGGCUUCAUAAAUUAAUGCAUGGCUCACUUCAGAGGGCUCGAAUAGCAUUGAUAAAGACUGAUCAUAUAUUGGAGUCUUCAGAAUUUCCCGACCUCAUGUUGUGUUCAGAUUACUUGCCCGACUUGCUGAAGCAAUCAUCUACUUCGCUGCAAAACUCAGAACCCUCGUGUGACCCUGUGUCACUAGAAGAACUGAAGGCCAUGGACCUGCCAUCAUUUGAACCGGCCUUCUUGGUCCUGUGCCGUGUCCUUUUAAACGUAAUUCAUGAGUGUCUCAAAUUGAGAUUGGAACAGAGGCCUGCAGGGGAACCAUCUCUUCUAAGCAUUAAACAGUUAGUAAGAGAGUGCAAAGAAGUGCUGAAAGGUGGACUGCUGAUGAAGCAAUACUACCAGUUCAUGUUGAGAGAGGUGCUGGAUGACUUUCAAAAGCCCGACUGUAACAUUGAUGCUUUUGAGGAAGAUCUGCAUAAAAUGUUAAUGGUGUACUUUGACUACAUGCGUAGUUGGAUCCAGAUGUUGCAGCAGUUACCUCAAGCUUCCCACAGCCUGAAAAACCUUCUAGAAGAAGAAUGGAAUUUCACCAAAGAAAUUACUCCUUAUAUACGAGGAGGAGAAGCUCAGGCUGGGAACUUUUCUGGUGAUAUUGCAGGAAUGCUGCUGAAAUCCACUGGGAAGUUUCUGGACUCUGGCCUACAGGACAGCUGUGACGAAUUCUUGGCCAGCACAGAUGAUAGCAUUGUCUCUGAUGAAAUAAGGAGAUCUGUUAUUGAAACCAGCAGAGCAUUGAAGGAACUUUUCCAUGAAGCUAGAGAAAGAGCAUCCAAAGCACUUGGUUUUGCUAAGAUGUUAAGAAAGGACUUGGAAAUUUCUGCAGAGUUUACUUUUUCUGCUCCUGUACGAGACCUAUUAAUGUACCUAAAUGCAAAGAAUUAUGCAAAGGUCAUAAUUCCUACUCUUGAGAAUCUGCAUGUAUUUGUACUAGAUAACCUGUCUAAAGGAAAAGCGGUUAUUUUGCAAUUGCUGAAUGCAGCAGCUGGUAUAGACUGCUCUAAAGACUGCGAAGACGUGGCAUAUGAUGCCUUCCUUCUGAUGACCAAGCACUCUGAAAGGGACCAGGAUGUGGAAGAUAUUUGGUGUUCUUGGGAAGGACAGACAGUAAAAAUAGUGCCACCAGUGGAAACUGUAGAUACUCUGAGAAGUAUGCAGGUCGACAAUCUGUUACUUGUGGUGAUGCAGUCUUCCAUCUUAACAAACCAUAGAAAGGCCUUCCAGCAGUCUGUAGAAGAUAUCUUAUCGCUAAGGCUUGAACAGACAUCAAGUCACCCUGUGAUUGCAGAAGCUUUGCGUCAACUCAAGAGUGAUGCAUUGGAACUCUGCAACAAGAUUAGCGAUGCUAUAGAUCGAGUGGAUGAAAUGUACACCUCCGAGUUUGAAGCCGAGGUUGAUGAAUCCGAAUCCUCCACAUUACAGCAGUACUACCGAGAAGCAAUGAUUCAAGGCUACAACUUUGGUUUCGAGUAUCAUAAAGAAGUAGUCCGUCUGAUGUCUGGACAAUUCAGGCAGAAAAUUGGUGACAAAUACAUAAGCUUUGCCAGGAAAUGGAUGAACUAUGUUUUGACAAAAUGUGAAAGCGGGCGUGGCACCAGACCAAGGUGGGCAACUCAGGGUUUUGACUAUCUUCAAGCUAUUGAGCCAGCAUUCAUUUCAGCCCUUCCAGAGGAUGAUUUUUUGAGCUUGCAAGCUCUCAUGAAUGAAUGUAUUGGCCAUGUUAUUGGAAAACCCCAUAGUCCAGUAACAGGGUUGUACCUUGUUACACAUCGCAAUAGUCCCAGACCUGUGAAGGUGCCUCGAUGUCCUAGUGACCCACCAAACCCUCACCUCAAUACUCCUACACCAGAAGGUUUCAGGUAUUAUUUUUAG